CUCUGCCCCAACUCUUACCCACCCCUAACGCUCUCCGCCUCCCUCGCCUCCUGUCCUUCUCCUCCCGCUCCAUCCGGGUCGCUGACGGCUGGCUCUGGGCUAGAGAACAGUGGCGCCUGCUUUUCUCUGAGGAGCCCGGUAAAGUUUCACAGGAGCCGAGGAGGUGAGCACUGGAGCAGCUUCACCGACGCCGGAGGAGCUCUGGUGUUCGCAGCCACUGGCUGAAGGAGGAGGGUCCGGGAGCUGGAGACCUGUCUCAGCUGCUGCGCUGCCUCCCUCUUGCGGGAGGCGCCGCCCCCAGCCGCCCUGGGCUUCCCCUGCCUGGAGGGGCAGGACAUAGGGAUACCUCCAACUUGCCAGUGUUUCAGAAGGGAGUGUUUUAUUGAAACUGGAAGACCAAAAGAAUUACAAACAUGUUGUGCUGGGGAAAUGCAUCUUUUGGACAGCUAGGUUUGGGUGGAAUUGAUGAAGAAAUUGUACUAGAGCCCAGAAAAAGCGACUUUUUUUUAAAUAAAAAGGUUCGAGAUGUAGGAUGUGGACUCAGACAUACUGUAUUUGUUCUGGAUGAUGGAACAGUAUACACAUGUGGAUGUAAUGAUCUAGGGCAGCUAGGUCAUGAAAAAUCCAGAAAGAAACCAGAGCAGGUUGUUGCGCUGGAUGCCCAAAAUAUCGUAGCUGUUUCAUGUGGAGAAGCUCAUACAUUAGCACUAAACGACAAGGGCCAGGUGUAUGCUUGGGGUCUCGAUUCUGAUGGACAGCUUGGCCUGCUAGGAUCAGAGGAAUGUAUCAGAGUACCCAGAAAUAUUAAAAGUUUGUCGGAUAUCCAGAUAGUACAGGUUGCUUGUGGCUACUAUCACUCACUUGCACUUUCUAAAGCAAGUGAAGUCUUCUGUUGGGGACAGAAUAAAUAUGGCCAGUUGGGUUUAGGCAUUGACUGUAAAAAGCAAGCUUCACCACAACUGAUUAAGUCUUUACUUGGAAUCCCUUUCAUGCAAGUUGCAGCAGGAGGAGCCCAUAGUUUUGUACUCACCCUUUCUGGAGCUAUCUUUGGAUGGGGACGCAACAAAUUUGGUCAGCUAGGUCUUAAUGAUGAAAAUGAUAGGUAUGUUCCUAAUUUACUAAAGUCACUAAGAACUCAGAAAAUAGUUUAUAUUUGUUGUGGAGAAGAUCAUACUGCUGCACUAACCAAGGAAGGUGGAGUGUUUACUUUUGGAGCUGGAGGGUAUGGUCAGUUGGGUCAUAACUCUACCAGUCAUGAAAUAAACCCAAGGAAAGUUUUUGAACUUAUGGGAAGCAUUGUCACUCAGAUUGCUUGUGGAAGGCAGCACACUUCUGCUUUUGUUCCUUCAUCAGGACGAAUUUAUUCUUUUGGACUUGGUGGUAAUGGACAGCUAGGAACUGGUUCAACAAGCAACAGAAAAAGUCCUUUCACUGUGAAAGGAAAUUGGUUCCCUUAUAAUGGACAAUGUCCACCAGAUUUUGAUUCUGAAGAAUAUUUCUGUGUAAAAAGAAUUUUCUCAGGUGGAGAUCAAAGCUUUUCACAUUACUCUAAUCCCCAGAACUGUAGGCCACCAGAUGACUUUAGAUAUCCUGAUCCUUCGAAGCAGAUCUGGACUGUGAAUGAAGCUCUAAUUCAAAAAUGGCUGAGCUACCCCUCUGGAAGAUUUCCUGUAGAGAUAGCCAAUGAAAUAGAUGGAACGUUUUCUUCGUCUGGUUGUCUAAAUGGAAGUUUUUUAGCUGUUAGCAAUGAUGAUCACUAUAGAACGGGCACCAGAUUUUCAGGGGUUGAUAUGAAUGCUGCUAGGCUUUUAUUCCACAAACUUAUACAACCUGAUCAUCCUCAGAUAUCUCAGCAGGUGGCAGCUAGCUUGGAAAAGAAUCUUAUUCCUAAACUGACUAGCUCCUUACCUGAUGUUGAAGCAUUGAGAUUUUAUCUUACUCUACCAGAAUGUCCCCUGAUGAGUGAUUCCAACAAUUUCACCACAAUAGCAAUUCCCUUUGGUACAGCUCUUGUGAACCUAGAAAAGGCACCACUGAAAGUACUUGAAAACUGGUGGUCAGUACUUGAACCUCCACUAUUCCUCAAGAUUGUAGAACUUUUUAAGGAGGUUGUGGUACAUCUUUUGAAACUCUACAAGAUCGGCAUUCCCCCUUCUGAAAGAAGAAUUUUCAACAGUUUUCUUCAUACCGCAUUAAAGGUUUUAGAAAUAUUACAUAGGGUAAAUGAGAAAACUGGACAGAUUAUACAAUAUGAUAAAUUUUAUAUACAUGAAGUACAAGAAUUGAUAGACAUACGGAAUGAUUAUAUCAACUGGGUCCAACAGCAGGCCUAUGGAAUGGUAUGUUUCCUAUUGCAUUUUAUGAUUUCAUUUUUAUGUAUCAUUUGUUCUAAUACAAAAGGAACAAUUGUGUAUUUUUGAAACAACAAGGCUUUUUCAGAGCUUUUAUUCAGAGCUCAUUUUUUAAAUAAAAACAUAUUGCAAAGGAGCAGCUAUAUAUUAUGCAGUAUUUAUAAGUAAGCAUUCUGCUCUUAUACCAAAGCCAAACCAAAGCGAUAGAUGACCCUUUGCUACAGAAAAAUGCAAAUAUGACUUAUUUUUCUCAGUCUCAUUUAUUUUGCAUGACGUUGUCUCUUAAUUCUCUAAUGUUGAGGAUACUGGAGUCUCUGAUACUUGAACUCUAAGAACGUAUUAAAAUUGUGAGAUCAGUGCUUCAGAACUACCAGAAGUGAGCUGUGGUACCGUUGAUUCUAGUUUUUAUUUUUCCCCUUUUAUGUGCUUUAUUUGAUUUCAGUUUUUUGGCAUACCUCCACAAGUGCCACAUAUUUCUUUCCAUAUGGCUAAGUCUCUGAUAACUAGAUAGUUAAUUAAAAUAAUAGCAUAGGGACUUCCCUGGCAGUCCAGUGGUUAAGACUUUGUGCUUCCACCACAGGGGGUAAGGGUUCGAUCCCUGGUCAGGGAACUAAGAUCCCACGUGCCGCAUGGCCAAAAAAAUAAAAAUAAAAUAAAAAUAAAACUAAUAUCAUAGUCUUAUAAAACUUUAAUUAGUCACAUAAAAUUUCAGUAUAAAAAUAAGUAAGCAGCUAGAUAUAAAACAGGUUUAGACUCUUAUUUGCUAACCAUUAUAAUAUACUUAAGGCCAACUUUUCCACCCCUGAAGCAGGUAAUUUAAGCAACAUGCAUGUAGCAGUUCUAGGAAGGUGAAUAGCCUUUCAUUGCUUGCUAGGUACCAACUGCAAGCUCCUUAUGGAUAGGCACUCUGUCAGUUUAUUCACCAGCACUUCUUACAGUAUCUCAAAUAUGUGUAGUAGGCACUUAGAAAGUACAGUAGUUUUUGAAUGGCAGUGCAGUUAGUGCAUGCUGUUUUUAGGAUGCUCUUACCUAUAGGCAUCAAGUCACUUCUAGAACAUCUUUGCUUCCCUAGAUACUUGGAUCUGGAUUGGGAGAGAUUUGUUGGUUUUAUUUUUUCCCACAGAAUCACUAGGAGGCUCAGUCAAGUUUACAAACAUCCUACAGAUUUAUGUCUGCUCAUUUGCUUAUUCAACAAAUACUUAUUAAAUGACUCUCCUUUGUAACAGGCACUUAUUUUUAGGUAUAAGAAACACAGUGAUUAACCAGAUGGAUAAGGCCCUGUUCUCAUGAAACUUACAAUCUAGUGGGCAAGAUGGAUAGUAAUCAAGUAAAGCAAAAAAAAAAAAAACAAAAAAAAGCUUAUAAUAUACACUAUAUAGAGAAUUAAAAUAAGAGAAGGUAAUAAAGACAGGACGGUUUCUUGCGAUUGGGUAAUCAGAAAAGUCUUGUCUAAAGAAGUAUGAUCUGUAUUCUAAAUGACAAAAAGCAGCCAUGUAAGAUCAGAGCAAAGAAAAUUUCAGGAAAAAUUACAUCUACUAAAAGACCUUAGGUGAGAGCAAGCUUGACAUGUUUGAAGAAUAGAAAAAGGCCAGUAUGGCUAAAAUAUGGGAAUGGGGAGAGUUCUGGGAAAGGAUCAGAGAAAUGGGCAGGUGCCAGAUCAUGGAAGGUUUAGUAAAUUAGGAUCGGGAACAUGGAUUUUAUCUGAAGUGUUACGGUAAGCCGUUGGAGGGUGGUAAGCACGGGGUGAAUACUGUACAGUGUAAUUUAUAUUCUGAAAUAACCACUGUGUCAGCUGUGUGGAAGAUGGAGUGAGGGGAAUGGAGUAGAUUAGGGGAGAGAAAAUGAUGGGUUUGACUAGGAUUGGUAGUUGUAUAGAUGGAAGAUGGAAAUGGACUUGGGUACCUUUUGGAGGUAAAACGGCCAAGAAUUGCUGAUGGAUAUGAGAUGAGGAAAGGAGAGAAAGUUGAUUUCUCUCCUUUGUUGAAAGGAGAUUAAGAGAGGUAGGAGGAAAACUAGGAGAGAGUUGUGGAAACCAAAAUUGAAAAGUGAAGGAGAAACCAUAUUGAACGCUGCUGAGAUAGGAUAAAACCAUAGAAUUGAUCAAUGCAUUUGGUUACGUGAAGGUCAUUGGUAACCUUGAUAAUGCCAGUCUAGAGUAAGUAUGCUUAAGAGAAAUUUAGAGGUGAGGAUAGGGAACAAAAGCCAUAGGCAGUACUCUCAAGAAGUUCUGCACUGAAGAGGAGGGAGUAAAAAAGUAGGGGGGUUAGCUGGAGUCAAGGGACAACAGUUUUUUAAGAAAGAAAAUACUUGACCUCUGGAAAGCUUUGAAUAAAUAUUUCCUUUUUCCUUCCCUAUUUAAACUAAAGCUCUCACCUAGAUAAAGCUUUUCAAACUUUUCCUCCAGUGAACCCCUAAGACAGGAGAAAAAACAUAUUUCUUGAGGUUAUUAAUUUUCCCUGGGCAGGACUUGUGUGAAGUCUCAUAUUUUAUCUUCGAGAGAAUGCAAAUUUGGGGCUUCAUAAAUAUUUACUCAGGGGGGUGGUGGUGUGAUGAAUUAGGAGAUUGGGAUUGACAUAUAUACUCUAAUAUGUAUAAAAUGGAUAACUAAUAAGAACCUGCUAUAUAAAAUAAUAAAUAAAAUUCAAAAAUAAAUAAAUAUUUACUGCAAUGUAAAGGGAUUAAAAUUAUUUACCAUUGAGGAAAACUGAUGAUUCAGAAAAUGAACUUUUUUGAUCAAAAAACUUGCAUGUAAACCCUGAUACACCACUUAGAUACCCUAGGUCUUUGAGCAGUGUUUUUGAGACUGGAGUGAUUAUAUAGACUCCUUUUAAAAUAAAGUAAUUCCUUUAAGAAGCUUAGUGUUCACUUACCUUAUUUACGAUUAUCUUAUUUAAAUAUAUACAAACACUAAACUAGUUCUAAACUCCUGGUACAUAGCUUUUAAAAGAAUUCUUAAGGCAUAACUAAUUGGUAAAUUAAUUAUAACUCUACAAAUUUAAUAAUCAAGUUAAUAUUUGAUAUGGAAGAUGAUUAUGUUCUCUUGAUCAGGAAUCUCAGCUCACAACCUAAAUAUGAUAAGGAAGGAGUGUGACAUAAGAGCACCUAACUUCAUAUCCCACCUCAGCGUUUUCUUUUUAGUUUUUUUAUUGAAUAUAAUUCCUUGUGCUAUACAGUAAAUCCUUGUUGCUUAUCUAUUUUAAUGUAUAGUAGUUCAUAGCUGUAAUCCCCUA